GAGAGAGAGAGAGAGAGAACGAAAGAAGAACGAGAGAGGACGAGAGAAGAACGAGAGAGGAACGAGAAAGGACGAGAGAGGAACGAGAAAGAACGAGGGAAGAGCGAGAGAAGAAUGAGAAAAAGAACGAGAGAGGACGAGAGAACAACGAGAGAGGACUAGAGAACGAGACAGGACGAGGAAAGAGAAAAAGAACGAGAGAAGAACGAAGAACGAGAGAGUACGAGAGUAAAACAAGAGAACAAGAAAAGAACGAGAUAGGAGGAGAGAAAACGAGAGAAGAACGAGAGUAGAACGAGAGAGGAACGAGAGCAGAACGAGAGAAUAACGAAAGAACGAGAGAAAGCAAGACAAAAAACACUAGAGAGAAGCACCAAAGUCUGGCAGCUUCCCUUUCUUCCAACCUGCUGCGUGUCUUCUGGGAAACUGGCGACAACUCGCAUUCCUUAGACACCAUCACGGCUGACAAGACCAAGACCAAAUUCAUUGAUGUAAACAAACAAAACCGGAAUACCUGUCACCGUCCAUAUCUUCCCCUCCUUUGAUGGUCGCCGCGCUGAGCCCCUCAGGAUGAAGACCUACACGCUGAGGGAGAAGGUGAAGAGCGUGGCCGUGGCGUCCAGGGCGGCGGUGCUGGUGCUGCAGAUGGUGUCCAACAUCCUGCUUCCUGACCACCUGGCGGAUGCGUUUGUGUCACCGGAGGACCCUGAGCUGCCUGUGUCCCUGGCAGACCAUGUUGUGAAGUGGACGCUGGGUGGGCUGGUGCGUUGGGAUGCCCAGUACUUUAUGCACAUCGCUCAGUACGGCUACACGCAUGAGAACACGCUUGCCUUCUUCCCCAUGUUUCCCCUCAUCGUGCGCAGUGUGGCAGCUGUCAUCGGGAUCCCUCUGCUUUACGUCUUCAACUACUACAGUGUGCUACUUAUCUCUGCCACCCUCGUAAACUUUUUCAUUUUUGUGCGGACCGCCGUCGUGUUUCAUAAGCUGAGCGAACAUGUGCUAAGAGAUGAGACACUGGCCUACCGAGCGGCUCUCCUCUUCUGCAUCAACCCUGCUAGUGUGUUCUUCUCGGCACCUUACUCGGAGGGUCUCUUUGCCCUCCUCACCUUCUCCGGCCUGCUUUUCAAUGAGACCCGCAGCUCCUCCUCCUUCUCGGCAAGCGUGUUCGGUAUAGCCUCGGCAGUGCGCUCCAACGGACUUGUCAAUGUGGGCUUUGUGCUUUACAGGAAGUUGCAGGAUUGUUCUAACUAUUUCUACAAGAUCCGCAACGCCACCACUGAGUCUGGGCAGCUGUCCCUCGUGCUGGUGCUGCUGCUUACCCUCAACUACACCCUCAUCCCUCUCUUCCUGGGCUGCUUCGCCGUGGUGUUGCCCUUCGCUGUGUUCCAGGUCUGGUGCUAUAUGACAUACUGCUCGGAGGAAGGAGGAAUACCGCCACUGCCGACCCAUCUGGAAAUGUUUGUGCGCUCCAACUUCCUCCACUCCCCGGACCUGGGCGAGGCUGAGUGGUGCUUCAACUUCCCCCCGUUGGCCUACUCUCACGUGCAGGACAAAUACUGGGAUGUUGGGUUUUUGCGCUAUUACGAGUUCCGGCAAGUCCCGAACUUCAUGCUGGCCCUGCCUAUGGUGAUGAUGGUGAUCUGCCAUGCUGCGCUGUACAUGGUGGACAAUCCUCAGAUCUGCUGGGGCCUGGGCAUCCCCGUGUCCGUGACGGAGCAGGGCAGGGGCGGGAAGGACAAGCAGCCCCUCCCCUGGCCGGACAAGGGCAUCAACUCCUGGCGGGUGUUCAUCUACACGGCCCACUCGCUGUGUCUCUGUGCCUUCUGUGUGUUGUGUAUCCAUGUGCAGGUGACCACAAGGUUGCUCUGCUCCAGCUGCCCUGUGGUGUACUGGUUUGCCGCCCACCUCCUCACUGACUCCGGCAAGACCCAGGGUGGCCGGGAGAGGGCGUCCAGCCCCCCCGAGACCCCGGCUAACCUGACCAAGAGGUAUAAAGUAGCACUUCUUUCGGAGUGCCCCAGGUCGUUCUGGGGGCAGGUCGUCAUCUCCUACUUCCUCCUCUACUUCAUCAUGGGCAUUGUUCUGUACUCCAACUUCCUCCCCUGGACCUGAGAUGUGGGGUCAUGACGUUCCAUUUUUAUCAGAGUAAUUCCGUCUCAGCAUACCAUUCUUGUAUCACUCAGGAUUUUUUACACUGCUGUCAUCACACUUUUGUUUCGCCUUUUGGUGUGUACCUCAGACAUGCUGCCACUCAAGGAGACACAGUAUUCCUGCCCUCUGUGCAUUACAUUGUGGUACCGAGGGUCAUUGUGCACAAAUGACAUGAUCUCAAAUCUAGUCCAUAUCCUUUGAUAGCAAAACCAGAUUUGUGGCUUUUUGUGUUGGUUCCUUUCCUCCCCGCCGCUCUGCCACACAGUCCCAACACCCGUCUCUCCUUCUCAUAUGUUAGUAGGUAACAUAUGAGAGGAAGGGACAGGUGUUGGGACUGUGUGGCAGAGCAACACAAGACAAUCUCGCAAAUCUGGUUUCACACUAUAGUCGGUUCACCUGAGUCUGAAGUGUGCAUUAUCAAGCACUGGUUGUCCCGUGGUGCGUCCUAUUGCGUGGAUAAUAUGUGAUGGGCUAUGCAUAGGAAACAGUCAUCAUUAUCAGUAAUAUGCAAAGAACAAUAACAAAUACCGUCAAUUAUAGUCGAUUUUAAGGUAAAAUUUAUUAGUACUGAUGCAAACAGGUGUUUUGUUAAUUUACAAGAUUGCUGAUUAUAAGUAUUAAAAAGCCUUGGCAUUGUCAGCCACUGGGAAAAUUAUCAGGAUUUAUAUCAACAAAACAGCUGUUUACGACAUUACAAAUAAUUUUCAACUCAAGAUCGACUAUAAUUGACGGUAUGUUAUUGUUACCUGCAUAUUAUUGAAACGACUGUUUCCUACGUGUAGGCUGUCAUAUAUUAUCCAUGCAAUUGGAUGCGCUGUGGGGCAGCAGAUUGCCAGUGCUUGAUAAUGCACACUUCAUACUCAGGUGAAUCGACUAUAGUACUAAUUUACUAAGCAACUCUGUUUUGUACAUUCUUUUAUUUCUAUCACAGUUAAAAUGUAGAUGUGUAUUUUAUGCUGACUUUACUAACAUCUGGGUUUAGCUGAAUAAAUAGCUUUAAGAUUUGUUACUAGUCAACUUAUAUUUGUACAUAGCACAUAUAUGUAAUUUAUGUAGCUGUAAUUGUUUAAUAAUUUGCACCAUACACA